CCAAACCAUCAUGUCCCUAACACUACACUGCUACAAACCACCACCGCGAUGAAGGGCUCCUGGAGGAAAUCGCAAGCCCCGUUGGAAUGGGUGCUCCCCGUUGAGCUGUGGGAGCUUAUUUUGGACGAGAUGAGCGACGGCGGUCUUGUUGAGGUCGCGAAAGUGUGUCGCGCACUCAACACGCUGGCGCUGCGGCUCUACUUCCAUCGGAACAAGAUGGAGGUUUGUCAAGGGGCUCUUGACAUCCGCUCGCACCUUUUGCGCGCCUUGUUCUUGGCGGUGCACCGGCCGGAAGGGGUGAGCAGCCUCACGGUGACGUUUUGGACGUUUGGCAAAGGCCAGGGUGUUCUUAUGCUACGCGACAUUGUCGAAAGGUGGCCCAGUCUAACGGAAAUCCACCUCAACUGGCCGCAAAACAUUCUGACGCGGAAUCCGGACCUGGAGGCGAACUAUGGCCGGCCUAUUUCCGCUGCGGUGUUUCUUGGCGCGCUGUGGGAGGUGUUGGUAGUGGUAGCGCGGAGAGGCGGUAGUAGCCAAGCUAUCAUCGUUGCGAAUGGUACGCUGCAGCGGUGCGAGAUGGGUGCACUGGCGGCGGCGAAGCUGGGCCGUGCCAGAGUUGAACUGGAUUACGCGUAUUCGCGCCGGGCGGGCCGUCUGACGCGGAUUCUCAGCACUAUAUUAUUACGCAGAGAGCAGGCUCUCCGUAGUGUGGAAACGGAAGUGCGCCCACGGUUUGUCAUCCGCGCCAAGACGGGGGACAUUAGGAUCGAGCGAAUGGAGCGGGUUAGUGUGGCCCCGCUCAACCUCAACGGCUGCUGCGACACACUCGUCCAAUUCGGGAGCACUUCUCUGCGUCUACAGAUGGGCGCUGGCCUCUCUGCCGCGGACAUCUCGGCGGUCCUCCCACACAUCCGGCUCCCGGCCCUCACUCGCCUGGAGAUCGGCUCGCCCGAUAUCGCGUCUGUUGCGCUGCAGAAGUUCAUCGAUGCCCACCCGCAGCUGCACACCUUCACGCUCAGCUGUGCGUGGCCAUCCUCGCCGGCCCAUCACGUGCUUCCGCGCACGACCACGUGCACGGUCGCCGCGCAUGAGCACGUGUCCGCCAUCCCCGCCUUCCUCGGCGCCUUCGGCCUCAACGUCCGCUCGCCCUCCGGCCUGCUCGUCGUCGAAUUCACGUGGCGCCGCAUCACCGCCGAACAGCGUGCCGCCGCCGCCGCCGUCUUUGCCUGUGUCGGUCGGCACCCCGCCGCCAGCCACCUCGAGCUGCGCCUCCCGUCGGACUUCGCCGCUUCCAGUGACGCCGACGCCGCCGCCGAGAUCGUCGCGCUCGGCAGCUUGGUGAGCACCGCCCUCGUCGCGGUCACGUGCUACUCUCUCGCGGAGGCGCGUGCGCUCCUCCCGCUGCUCGCGCACCUCCCUGUGCUGCGCCACCUCCAGAUGACGCUCGCGGGGACGGACCUGGGCUCGGCGGAGGUGGCGGAGGUGAAGACGCUCGCGCGGGCGGCGUUGCCAGGGGUGCAGUUGAGUGUCAUGGACCUGCGGUGA